CGCAGGCCCCGGCGGGAGCGCGCAUGGGGAGAAGAGACGGGGUGGAGAGUGACCGGAGGAUGGCGGCUCUCUGGAGGGGACAUUUAUACGGUUGUAUCACGGAUUGUUCUGUUUUCACACCGGAUAUGUUGUAGUGCGUAACCCUCCUCCUACCGAGAGUCUCAUCGAUGUUCUUUAAGACCACAAGAUGCCCCGGGACAACAAAACCCCCCUCAUCCAGAGGAUAGCGAGCCAAGCCCACCGCACGUUCAGCGGCUCGGACCCGGCGGCGUACGGCGGGGAGGAGGAGGACUUCUCCCAGAAGCAUAGCGAGCUCGAGGCGCUUAUGACGGCACUCAGGGCAGCGGACCUGAAGCUCGCACCCCGGAGCGGAGCGGCGGGAUCCAACCCGGACGCCGCCAACCCGCCGGUCACGUACAUGCACAUCUGUGAGACGGACACGUUCAGCAUGGGGGUGUUUACGCUGAGCAGCGGCGCGUCCAUCCCUCUUCACGACCACCCCAGCAUGCAUGGGAUGCUGAAAGUGCUUUACGGCAAGGUGAGCAUCCGGUGUUUCGACAAGCUGGAGCAGGGCGCGAGCGCGACCGAGCCGCCAGUAUUCGCCCCCCCGCUGGCCUCGCGCCAGAAGGGCUCCCUGCGGCGCGCCCGGCUGCGUUCGGUGGGCGAGUACUCCGAGGGCAGCGGGCCGUGCCUGCUCACCCCGCUGCGGGACAACCUGCACCAGAUCGACGCGCUAGACGGACCAGCCGCCUUCCUCGACAUCCUCGCGCCGCCGUACGACUCGGAUGACGGGCGGGACUGUCACUACUACCGGGUGCUGAAUAGGCAUGGGGCUGAGCAGCAGGACGGGCCGGAGGAGAAGGAGCAGGACCAGAACCAGGAGCAGGACCAGAACCAGGAGCAGGACCAGGAGAAGGAGACGGAGACGUGGCUCCUGGAGAUACCGCAGCCCGAGGACUUCUGGUGCGGCGGGGAAUCGUACCCAGGCCCAACCGUUUCUGUGCAGAAAAUAAAUAUUAAGUGAUGUAAAACUUUGAGAAAGUAGUAUCGAGCAAUUGCCUGAAAACCACGAAGUUGCCUGCGUUUUCACCGACCUAAUCACAAUGGACACUUGAAAAGCGAAACCCUGAGAGCUGAUGUUGCGGAGAAAUGCUCUUCUAUGAACAUAUCAAGAUGUUGGGAACUCAAUGUGUGGCCUUUCUGAUAGCAUCUAAUAUCUUUGUAUUUGAAUGCUUCAAUACCUUUCCAAAUAUACUGAGAUGUUUUAUUACCAGAGUUAAAAGUGACCUUUUUUCUGCCUAAUUUAAUUCAAUAUAUUCCUGUACAGCUCCAUUAUGUCUUGGAUUCAAGUGUGCAUGGCAACUUUAUUUCACAUCAAGGACUUUUUAUUUGAUAGCCAUGAAAUGCUCCACUUUAUGAUGACUGUUCUAAUGUUAAAUUACACAGUUAGUAUUGUGGAAAUGUACAAUCUUAAUCAAAUGCAUAACUUAAAAGUUUAAUAUGAGACCAAUGCAGAAUGUUUAUAGUAAUCACUAUUUAUGCUGUUAGAGAUAUAACUCCCUAAAUCUGAUGGCAAACGUUCAACUAUAUCUUGGAUGUGCUACAUUAUAUUCAUUAUAUCUUAUAUGCAUUUUUAAAUCUUUAUUAUUUUGAGAUCUAUUGCAUUAAUAUGCAGAAUUAUGAUGUCAUAUUUCUCAUUAAAGUCAGGUUCAAUAUUAAUAGAA